AUGCGGUCGCCAGCGCCACUUUGCCGGAUCUCGCAUUCGAUCCUGUGGCUCCAUUUUGGAGCUGCUCACAUCGCGAUUCCACCGACAGAGUUUGCUGGCAAUGACCAACUCGACGUGGACGUGUCUCCCCGAUACGCUCGGGAUCGCGGCCUUCCGCCUCAACGACAACAACGACGUCGCGUGCGGCUCGAUCGACGGCGUCCACUGCGCGUGGGUCGACCGCAUGCCCGAGUGCGACCGCCGGCCGACGCGGGAGCUCUCUUGCGGCGCCCAGUACAAGUCGCUCUAUGGUGUCUCGGGCUACGACGUACCGGGCGGCUGGUGUGCGCGCGUCCGCUCGAUCCUUCAACUCAAUGGCACCACGAUUGUACCGUCGACGAUUCCACAAGAGACAACGACCGCGCCGGUGCCCAACAUUACAACACCCAACACGACAGUUGUGGUGCCGACCGCCAUACCCGCUACGGUGUCGCCGACACCGACGCUGACCGACGCGACGACGUCGUCGAGCGACGAAAUCAACACGGGUCUCUACAUUGGCAUCGGGCUCGUCGCCGUCGCCAUCAUCGUUGUUGCCACGUGCUUGCUCGCUCGGCGAAGACGCCGUGAAAACCCGCUCCUCAAGAGCGCUCACAACUUCAAGUCAUCGCCCUUGAAUGUUGCCGGCGUCACGAUCCUCACCAACAACGGUCUCGUCCACGAAGAGGCCGACGACGAAGUGUACGACCGGUCGCUCCACGAUACGAACGCGACGCUGACGCUGACGUCACUUCGGUCCAGCUUCCAGCAAGAUUUGGGGGCCAUCACGCCGUACCAGCUCCUGCCGCACAAGCUCCAUCUCCUCCACGCCGAGGCUGACCCGACGCAGACGGCCGCCGUCAACAUGGUCGGUAUCGAGAGCUACCAAGCUCUCUACGACGGCAACCGCGUCGUCGUUCAAAAGCGGCAGUUGUCGGCCAACGUCGACGUCCAAACGCGCGUCGGCCACCUCCUCCUCCGUGUCAAGCUCACGAGCGCAUACCUGGUGACAAUGCACGGUGUACUCUGGACCAAACCCACGGAGCUACAACUUGUCUUUGAGUGCAUGGACCGAGGCCGGCUCAAGGACUAUUUAACGAUUGCGAACGAUGACGAAGCGCUCGUCACGAAAUUGGACUACGCGGUGCGCAUCGUCGAAGGUCUCUUGUACAUCCACGCCAAGGGCGUGACCCACCGCAACAUCUCGUCGUCGAGCGUCUAUCUCAACGCACGGGGCGAAGCCAAGCUCUGCGACUUUGGCUGGCUCCGCGAAGAAGACGACUUUGUUGACGUGUAUAGCACGCAGCGCGCGGCCCCCGAGAUCCUCUCGGGGCUCCAGUACACGGUCCAAGCCGACAUUUUUGCCCUUGGCGCGCUUUUGAAAGAAAUGGCCGUCUUCAAGGGGGCAUCGACAGCUGGCGUGCGUCGAAGCUCCGCGGCCGGCGAGUCCCUCGCCAACGUCGUCAAGAGCUGCAUGAACUGGAACCCGACGUACCGGCCAUCGCUACUGCACGUGCGACGUGCACUACGGAACGAGCUGCACCGACUUCAAACGUAAUCGUUCUCAAGUUUAUUUGGUUGGUUGUUGUUGUGAUUAAUCGUAUAUUCUAUCUGGU